AUGCUCCCUCUCCGGGCGGCACCCCUGACGGUGGCGGCUCCUCGGCCUACAGAGAUCCCGCUGUGUGCCGGCUGUGACCAGCACAUCCUGGACCGCUUCAUCCUCAAGGCGCUGGACCGCCACUGGCACAGCAAGUGUCUGAGGUGCAGCGACUGCCACGCGCCCCUGGCCGAGCGCUGCUUCAGCCGCGGAGAGAGCGUCUACUGCAAGGACGACUUCUUCAAGCGGUUCGGGACCAAGUGCGCCGCGUGCCAGCUGGGCAUCCCGCCCACGCAGGUGGUGCGCCGCGCCCAGGAUUUCGUGUACCACCUGCACUGCUUCGCCUGCGUCGUGUGCAAGCGGCAGCUGGCCACGGGCGACGAGUUCUACCUCAUGGAAGACAGUCGGCUCGUGUGCAAGGCGGAUUACGAGACGGCCAAGCAGCGCGGUCAGUGGGCGGGUCCACCCACCCUCCUGUCCCCGUCUGCAAAAGGAGGCUGGCGCCCGUCGGGUCGGGGCGCGGAGGGAUCCCCACGUCCAGCGCCCGCCGAAGCGCGCUCGCUCGGGGACGCGAACUUAAGCCCCUUCCCUGCAGGCCUGGGGUGGGGACUGGGGCUGGAGCCGGGUGGGGACAGUUUGCAGAGCGGCCGGGCUGCACAAUCCACUUCCGUUGCAGAUGAGCCGUACAUGGCCGAGAUGGGCCCUGCCAGCGGCCUCUACAGCAGCCUGGGGGAGCCCACCCCAGCCCUGGGCAGGCCCGCGGGAGCCCCGGGCAGCUUCCCGCUGGAGCACGGAGGCCUGGCCGGCCCGGAGCAGUACCGAGAGCUGCGGCCCGGCAGCCCUUACGGUGUCCCCCCGUCCCCAGCUGCCUUGCAGAGCCUCCCUGGCCCCCAACCCCUUCUCUCCAGCUUAGUAUACCCAGAUGCCGGCUUGGGCCUGGUGCCCGCAGGGGCCCCAGGUGGGCCCCCGCCCAUGAGGGUGCUGGCAGGAAACGGACCCAGCUCUGACCUGUCCACGGGGAGCAGCGGGGGCUACCCCGACUUCCCUGCCAGCCCUGCCUCCUGGCUGGACGAGGUGGACCACGCUCAGUUCUGA